CCGGGUCAUUGCUUAGCGUAGAUGCGUGUGUGGAGUGGCGGAGGUAGCAACGGAGCCCGAAAACGACUGCAGCCCUGUCUGGUGAAGAGACUCCGCCAUGCGUGAAUACAAGCUAGUGGUGUUGGGUUCUGGAGGUGUUGGGAAGUCAGCUCUGACAGUCCAGUUUGUCCAGGGGAUUUUUGUGGAGAAAUAUGACCCCACAAUAGAGGACUCCUACAGAAAGCAAGUGGAAGUAGAUGGGCAGCAAUGCAUGCUAGAGAUCCUGGAUACGGCAGGCACAGAGCAGUUCACGGCGAUGAGGGACCUAUACAUGAAAAACGGUCAGGGCUUCGCUCUCGUUUACUCCAUCACGGCACAAUCCACCUUUAACGACCUGCAGGACCUACGGGAGCAGAUCCUGCGAGUGAAGGACACAGAAGAUGUGCCGAUGAUCCUUGUUGGGAACAAGUGUGAUCUUGAAGAUGAAAGAGUGGUUGGAAAAGAGCAGGGACAGAACCUGGCCCGACAGUGGAACCACUGUGCCUUUUUAGAGUCCUCCGCCAAAUCGAAGAUCAAUGUUCUUGAUAUCUUUUAUGACUUGGUCAGACAGAUAAAUAGAAAAACGCCUGUGGAAAAGAAAAAGGCGAAAAAGAAAUCCAACUGUGUUCUCCUGUAAAGGCCAAUCCCCUGCAUCUGCUCUGAGCCAGUGAUGAAGAACUGUUGCCCUGAUUGGAACAUGCCAGCAUACCCACCCUCAGUGAGCAAAACAGUGGAACAGCUGAAUGACUUAACUCAACCAGAACAGGACUCAAAGAGAGCAUAUCCAUCUUAUUUUCACUGGG